AUGAAUAUAGAAGAAGAAGCUUCUCAUUUAAGAUGUUUGAAUGAUCACGAUUUUCAUACAUUAGACUGUUGUGCUGAAUGUCGUUCGUAUAUUGAAAAUCAUAAAAUUCAUCCAGAUAACGCUCGUCAAUUGUUCAAAGCGCCAUCGCUAUGUAAGGACAAACAUUCAUUGAAGUUCUGUCGUCGAUUCAAAAGUUCUGGAUUAGGCAAAUUCAGUUGUGCUGACGCUGAAUUCGCUGUGAGAGUCUGUCGACAUAGCUGUGGAUACUGUAAUGAUGGCUUAUAUGCUGCAAGUAAUACCGCACCAUUAUGUCAUUCACCUGUGAAGCUUAACUUAACAAAUCUUCUCAAUUCAACAUAA